GUCACUUUUCCCACGCUCAGGUGUAAAUAGCCUUACGUUUUGUUUACCUGUCCAUAUGGACUAUCUUUUUACUAUGCUCAGACAGGUAAUCAUCUAAUCACCUCCUGCGUCGUUGUAAAGAACAUCAAUUGAACUGGCAUUACAGCAGCACGGUAAAGUGAACCCAACCUGACCAAGUAUUACUCAGAAUUUGUUAUAAAUUAACAAAAUGAGAUGAUAAUCAUCUAAACUCUGACAUCAUCACCAUCAAUAUUCUUUCCGGAAUUUUCAGCUUUGAAACAUGUCAAAUGUGUGAUUACAGUUUAGAAGCGGACGACCUCUCUCGUGAUUACGGGGACUUAAAAGAGUACAGUGUGAGUGGAGACAAUAUGGCGGAGGGCCCGGGGGUCGGGGAGGAGGGGGGAUUCUUGGGGGAGGAAGAAGAGGAGAUGGAUGUCUAUGCCCAGCUGGAACAAAAGCAGAAGGAUUUAACCCUGGCUGCUGAAUUGGGGAAGGCUUUACUGGAAAAGAAUGAGGAUCUGGAAAGAAGAAAUGAACAAAUCAUGGAGGAGUUCGCUCAGAAAAUCGAGGAACUAGAACAAGAGAAAUAUGAACUGUUUCUCCAUUUGGAGAAAAAUGAAACUGAAUAUAAGAACAGCAUUAAAGAGCUACAAUAUGACAUCAGUCAACUAAGGGAAGAGCUUCAGUCUCAACGACACCAAAGGUCAAACAGUGUCAAAGAGAGUUCAGUGGCAAUAAGGGACUUAACUCUGCAGAAUGAGCGACUGACAGAGGAUCUAAGAAACGCAGCAAUAAAGGAAAGGGAACUAGAAUCAGAGAACCAGAAUCUGAAGGAAAAAAUCACGGCUAGGAGUUCAUCCAUGCAUGUUCAUGUUGGACAGCUGGAAGCCAUGCAACAAGAGAUUAACGAGCUUCGGACAAAGCGACAGGAAUUGGAGAAGAGACACAGUAUUGUAUCGGAGGAGAAACAUGCUCUUGCCUGUAGCCUGGAGGAAGCUCAAGAACGCAUUCUAAUGCUAGAAAAGUCCAAAAGGGAAAUGGAACAAACUGUCCAGAACCAGGAGCGAGAGAUUAUAGAAAUCCAAGAGACUAAUGUCCAACUCCAGAGCCAACUUCAUCAUGUGUCUACAAACCUAGUCAGUCCUAGUCAGCCCAGUAAGACCCAGUCUCUGUCGUUAUUUAACGAGAUUUCUCAACUGUCUCCGGAUCAUCUCUCACCUGUCACCUCACCCGAAUCAUCAAAAACAUUCCCUGUGGACUCGGACACCAGUGGGGGGUCCUUCUUACUGGACCUGAUGGAGGAGGAUGAGUAUGAGUGUGAUGACGAUGACCUCUAUCUGACCUCUCCACAGCUCCCUCUACACUCCACCCACACAGAUUCUCAAUUCCUAGAAAACUUCCAGUAUUCAUCUCAACAUUAUCAAGCAAAUAAAGAGGUACAGUUUCAUGAUGAACUAGUCAGCGUAUAUUGCCAGUUAAAAGAUAUGUGUGUUAGUCUACAACAUAGACAUUCAAAUUCAUACGAGUGCUCAGAUUAUACAUUGUGUGAGGAUCUUCGUCCUGGUGUUAUAUCAGAUCUGCUGCAAGAGUUCAAGGAAUUGAUGCAGGAUGUUCUAACCUUUAAACCUACAAUUGUGGAGGAAUCUCAGGUGUGCUUUGAUGGAGAUGAUUUAAUAUCUGUAUCAGAGCUCGGCCAACAUAUCAGAGAUCUGAAGGAGGAGCUGAGGGGGACUCAGGGGGAUCUCAACCGGCUCAAGCAGGAACUGACUCAGAGAGAAGCCCAGCUCGAGCAGAAAACUCAGGAGCUUAAGAAUCUCACAGGAAAGGUCUCUAUCUUAGAGUUGACACUUCAGCACGAGGAAUUUUCUGCUGGUCAGCAUCAGCGGGACCUCCUACACACUGCACUGUUGACAAAGGGUCAGAUGACCGAGCACGAAAUCAUCCAACAAGCUCGACAGGAAAGGGACUUUGCAAUAGAAAAAAAAAAUAAAAUGGAAAUAGAAUUGACAGAAUCCAGAUUUGAAUUAUUGAAUUUAAAAGAUCAAUUAAUGGAGACCAUGCAGCAAAAAAUGGCAUUAAGUCAGGAACUAGAACAAUGGCAGAGUGAUAUGGAACACUUAUUUGAUGUUCAUAUUGAGAAAAACUUUCAAAAGGACACUGAAAGGAAACAGUUUUGUCAAGAGUUAAAAGAAAGCAUGCAGGGCAUGAGAAAAUCCAAAUCUGCUAUUAAUUUCUCCACAUAUCACUAGCAGACUUUAGAGUUGUAUAGGAUCAACUUCAACUUAAAUCCACCACUUUAAUGUGACAACAAAACCGAAUGUCUUUCAACAAAGAAAAAAAAUGUCUGGAAUUUCUGUCUCAAUGAUCUCAAAACUUUAAGAAUAAUGCUUGUAGCUGUAAACUGUUUCACAAUAACCAUUAUAUAACUGUAGUACUGCUCUUUUGCUGGACAAAAUGAUAUAUUUUGGUAAAAUGAUAUAAAUGUUCUUUGAUUAUAUGCGAAAUGAAAACAACUUAAAUUAUUAGUUUGCCCUGCAAAAGAGAACCUGGUUAGUGUUUCAGUUAAUGUGAAAGGACUAAGUACAGCAAUAUUAGAAUAUCAUUUACCAGGUUAAAUAAGGGGUAAUGCUAAUAUACUGCCAGUUAUACAUGUAUAUCAAAACAUGCCCGUGGAUCCAGAUAUGUUUUCAUUAACAAUUUGGAUGUAUUAUUUAAUAUUUUCUAUGUGAUGAAAACUAAACAUUGUUUUUAUCAUAUACACUUGUGCUUGCCAAUUUUUUGUUGCAAUAUUAAA